AUGGCACCUGGUACCUUGGCUACGACAACCGAACCACAUGCUGCAAUGCAUGUCAAAGAUUUGUCAAGAUUUGUCACGAUUUGUCUUAUACUGAAGAACUUGGUGACCUUUCAACGGUUCCGUGCAAAGGACAGUGUAUCGUCAUCAGUCGCCAUCUGGUCACCAACAAGUGCGGAUUUUAAGACUUGUAGACUCACUACUGAAGGCAAAGAAAAGUUCCUACACGAGCAUAACAAAUUUCGCGGAAUGGUGCAACCAAAUGCGGCCGACAUGGAAUCUAUGAUGGUUUUGAUUUUGUUCACAGGUCAAAAUCUUGCUCGAGAGUAUGUUAGGCUUUCGAACCCAGAGGACCGCGUGAAGAUAUGGUACGAUGAAUACCAAUACUGGACAUUUGGCAAAUACACAAGUCCAAUGGGAGCUUCUUGUACAAAGACGCCUUGUGGACAUUACACCCAGAUAGUGUGGGCCAAAGCUAAAUAUCUUGGAUGCGGAGUAAAUUUUUGUUCAAACUUCAAUGGAGAGUGUCCCUUAAAAUGUCAAAACGGAGGGACAGUAAACAAACAGGACUGCGUUUGUUCUUGCGCUUCUGGCUGGAGAGGUGUGGACUGUUCAGACGAGGCAUGCGAACCUGGCUAUUAUGGGGAAAAUUGUGAAAAUCGUUGUUAUGACAAGGUCGGGACGGAGACCUGCCAAUUUCGAGUGAAAGUUGGUCAUAAGUGUUCAUCAAAAUACAUGGAAAUAGAUUGUGCUUUAACAUGCGGAUAUUGCGACCCAGCAAGCGGCCAAAAUCAAGUUACCACAACAGCAGCUCCUGUGAAAGCUAUGCAAACAGCACUUCAACCCGGAUCAAUAACAUCCCCGCCAGUAGGCAUGUGUAGUUCACGCAAACAUUUCAGUUUGGUGCGCAUGAGUGAUAGGCCUGUAACUGAAAAGUAUACCGCUGUUCAAGUUUCUACCACCACUCCAAAUUCAGUAGCAGUUCUACCCACACCCGAGCCUCAAGAAGUGUGUACAAUCGACCGAAAUUCUGGUUGCGAGAGAUGGGCAGCUGUUGGCGAGUGUGAAAAGAACCCAGUGUGGAUGAUACCGAAUUGUUGCGUGAGCUGCAAGCAUCAUCAGGCGUCAAAAGACUGUUCCGAUUCAAACCCAAGCUGCCCACGGUGGGCUUACGCUAGAGAAUGCGAAAACAACAGAGCAUGGAUGCUUAAAAACUGCAGAAAAAGCUGCAAUCAAUGUGGAGAUUGUACAGAUUCUGACCCCAAAUGUCCAUCGUGGGCGUUAUCAAACCAAUGCAGCUCGGGUGAUAAGAUGAACGAAAAAUGUAGGAGAAGUUGUGGCUUAUGCAGAGUUUACGACAGACACAAAGAGUGUUCCGCCUGGUCUGCGAUGGACGAAUGUAAAAAAUCCAACUGGACCUGGAUGGUGGAUCAGUGUCCACGAAGCUGUGAUGUACCAUUUUCAGAAGCCUCAUUUUGUGGUGGGAAAGACAACGGUGAUUACCAGGCCCCCACCACGUGCCAAGCGUACAUAGCGUGUUCAUAUGGUGUCACAAGUCACGUGAAAUGUCCAGCUGGAAAGAAAUUUGACACAGUCAAGAGAAUGUGUGUACUCGCGGAGCAAGCCUCCUGUACAGUGGUUCUUCCGAGUAAAAAGUCAAAGCCAUUUAUGAUGGUGACGCUGUGA